CAAAAGAAAACCGACCCUUCGGAAUUCAGUGGUACCUAAAUCCAGAUUUGCAAUAGUUUAGAUUUCUAACCGGAUUUACAACUACAUGAUGAACGAGCAACUAAAGACCGUGUGUGUGUCUAUGAACAAGUUGUAUAUUGGCAACCUGCCGACGGAAGCCGAUGAGGAGAUUGUGCGCCAACUAUUCGCUGAGCAUAACCUGACGGUUUCGGAGAUAUCUGUGAAGCGUGGGGGAUACGCGUUUGUCGACUUCCCAGACCAAUCGGCCGCUGAUCGUGCGAUUGACAAACUACAUGGUUACUCCUACUGUGGACUUCCUUUGAUAGUCGAGCCAUCGGUUGCUAAUAAGAAAAUCGUCAACAUGCCCAACAUGCAGAGCGCGAGCAGUGUCCAACUGCAGGAAGCCAGCGCGGAUUCCUUAGCCACGGGCGGAGGCGGCGGCGGCUGGAGGUAA